AGAUGCCAAAACUUGUGCUUGAUGACCCAGAUGCCUGAAGAGUGGGUCAUAUGGGCAGGAACCGGAGCGGAAAAAUUAUUUCCGGCAGACGUCGUUCUCGGCCUCUUAACUCGCGACCAAAUGCGGACGAAGCCGACAGUUUUCCAUUCCGCUUUCUUCACGCAGAGCCUACCACAACCUCUUUAUCGAUUUUAUCAAUCAUGGCUUUGCAUCGGCAUCAGUCAUCUUUAGAAAAGGUAUUGGACUUCUCGCAACCGUUCUCACUAACUCCUCAACAACAUCAAGCGGCAACAACCCUUUUCAGAUACCUGAUCCAGCAUUAUGGCUUGGAGCAGACUAUACAGCCUGGUUACAAACCUGCAGCACUUAUCCAGGCCACAUUUGAGCAUGUUACUUCUAAAGAUGCAUUCCUCUUGUUCUUUUUCUCACACAUCUAUGAAAACCUAUGCUCAGGAGUAGCAAAUCCAAUUGACUCUGACAUUACCGUUGCCUUGUCCUUCUUCGAUGGUUUCUCUAGCUGGGAUCAGAAUCAAAAGCAGAAUGCCGAUGGCGCCAUUGAAAGCUUUGCUGAGUACAUUGUUGAGAACUUCCUUCUUCCACUCAGAGCUUCCUCUGUGAAGACCCCGCAACCAACGCCAAGGUCAUUGUCCUUGAUACAGGCAUCCACACCUACUGGAACGACACAACGUGUAUCUAUUCUACGACAAAGUUGUCUCAUGCGUGAUCAUCACCGGUGUGUGGUUUCUCAGAAGUUCGAUAAAAGUGAAGCCGGCAGGCGGUGGAAGCAGGACAGGGAAGAUUGCAAGGAUGAUGAUGGAAAUCCAUUGAAAAAUGAAUCAAGCGACCGAUUUCAAUAUCUGGAGGUUGCCCACAUUCUGCCACAUUGUCUAACUACAGUUUCUUCCCAGGACACUGAUCUGAGCGACUCGAAGAAGAAUGUACUCCGGAUUUUAAAUAUGUUUGACUCUGGCAUUAUUCAUCUCAUUGAUGGCCCGAAGAUCGACAGCCCGUUGAAUGCUCUUACCUUGACACAUGAUCACCAUCGGUCGUUCGGUGAAUUCCAGAUAUAUUUUGAACCAACGAGCAAACCGUAUGAGUACAGAAUCAAUUCAAUGGAGCAAAGCCCUUUUCUACGUGAUCCGCUAUUCCCUGUUACUCGCACACUCACCCUUAGUCCCAAUUGUACCAUUGAUCCACCAUCAGCUCGGCUCCUUGGUGUCCAUCGAGCCAUUGCAAAGAUUAUGAAACUUAGUGGCGCAGGCGAAUAUAUAGACACGAUCCUCCGAGACUUGGAGGAGGUUGAUGAUGUGAGGGCGGAUGGCUCAACAAACUUGGGGCACAUGAUGAGUUUACGACUUGGUGGCUGGGUGAACCCUUUGCCUGUAUUUUAAUAUUGUAUAUAAUUUUUUAGGCCAUUCUUUUAUAGGCAAUCAAUGUAUCUCUCCGACAGCUAAGACCCCAAAGAAGGACAUCUUCCACGUCCAAGAAGUCAAU